AUGCGGCUGAGAGCGCGUAAAGCUCCUCAGCAGCCCACCUUAGGCCGUCGAGCCACCACGUACAAGAGGAAACGCUGUGCGGUGGGGGCAACCCAGCUGAGAGCUCGAGGCAGAAUGCAAAAGAAUGACACGGGUCUGUUAUCCACCAUCAAGAAGUUCAUCCGUGGGGAUCCUGUCAAGGUGAAACCAUAUCUACCAGCCAAGAGAAGUCGCAUUGAUUGCAACGCUAAAAGUGAUCUCAUCACUUCGGCGGCACAAACGCAAGGCCUUGCCAACAAAACAAUCUCGAGAGUUUGUAGAAAGAACCUAGUUAAAGAUGCGAUAACGUGCAACAGCAAACCCUUGAAACCUAAUGGCAAACUGGAAGCUUCAGUGGAGACGGCGAGCAGUCCGCCACACACCACGCUGCUGGGAACCAUCCUCUCUCCUGUCUUCAACUUUUUUUCACCAACAACCAAAACUGCUACGCCAGGUUCCGACUCUCCCGGCCAAGCGGUGGAGGCGGAGGAGAUCAUGAAGCAGCUGGACAUAGAGCAAGCAGAGGAAAUGCCUAGUAGCACGCUGACGUCCUCUGAGGGCAUGGGCGCUUGUCACGGCGCCCCCCUGAUGUCCACCAGGCUGCAGAUGAGCGCCGACUCCACAGUACAGGACGGCGAGAUAGUAACUGAAAGCGACAUGCCCUCGUUAACGGCUCCACCUGGUUGUUUGCCAGAUGGCAGCUAUCCACACACGUUACCCUCCGCCCCCGCAGAGCCGUCGUACGAAGAAGACUGGGAGGUAUUCGAUCCAUACUUCUUCAUCAAGCACGUGCCACCAUUGACAGAAGAGCAGCUAACGCGCAAACCGGCGCUACCGUUAAAGACACGCAGCACGCCCGAGUUUUCGCUUGUCCUCGACUUGGACGAAACUCUAGUUCACUGUAGUUUGAACGAGCUGGAAGACGCGGCACUGACGUUCCCUGUACUUUUUCAAGAUGUAAUAUACCAAGUGUAUGUGCGAUUAAGGCCGUUUUUCCGAGAGUUCCUCGAGCGCAUGUCGCAAAUGUAUGAGAUUAUCCUAUUCACGGCAUCGAAGAAAGUGUAUGCCGACAAGUUGCUCAACAUCCUCGACCCCAAAAAGCAGCUGGUCAGGCACCGUUUGUUUCGCGAGCACUGCGUUUGCGUCCAAGGAAAUUAUAUUAAAGACCUCAACAUUUUGGGACGGGAUCUCUCCAAGACUAUAAUAAUCGACAACUCACCGCAAGCUUUUGCUUAUCAGCUGUCCAACGGGAUUCCAAUCGAGAGCUGGUUUGUUGAUCGGAAUGACAAUGAGCUUCUCAAGCUGGUUCCUUUCCUGGAGAAGCUGGUGGAGCUGAACGACGACGUCCGACCACACAUCCGAGAGCGCUUUCGCUUGCAUGACCUCUUGCCUUCAGACUGA